AUGUCAUCCCCACGCAUUAGCAGCUUCACGGCUCUCCUCAAAGCUGCACACCUGAAAUGGAGCCCAAGCGCAAGAAGGUCCGCGUUCAUGACCACCACCUACACACCCGAUAAUGCCGGUUCCCUCUCCUCGAUGCUGCCGGUGGCACAUAUUCCAUCCCAUUGGCGCACGGUGCGGGAUAGGUCGACUUCCAGAAAGCCCUCUCCCUUGGCCUGGUUACGAUAUCUCAACAAAUGUGUCACCUUCCUCUGCUCAUCGGACUACACCAUCGAUCAAGUUAGAGCUGUGGCCAAGCACCCCAGCGUCAUGUGCUCGCCUAAAGUUGCGGACCGCAGCCAGCUCAACUAUCCGUCCUUGGUCUUGUUUGGGAGCAAGAGGGUCGUGAGAUACAGGCGCGAACUGACAAAUGUCAGGGGUGCACAGUCAGUUUAUGCGGUGACGGUGAUGGGGCCAUCAGCUGUGAAGGUGAUGGUGAGGCCGCGAAGUUAG